ACCCCCCCGACUCCGAGCUAGCAGUCACCCAGAAGAGCGAGGGAGCGAGUUGUCAAGGGUUUCGAUCCGCCUCCGAGCACCGCCGACUUCGCCGCCCAGCUGCCGCCGAUGGCCGACCAGAACAAUGCCGAGUUCCGCCGCAGCCUCGCCGUGGAGCCUCCGCCGCAUCAAAGCCCAAAAGACAUGCAAGGAUCUGACAACCCUAUGCCUCUUUCUCCACAAUGGCUUCUACCAAAGCCUGGGGAUAAUAAGCUUGGAGUAGUGUCUCGGGAAUUUAGCCCUCAUCAUGGUAAUCACCCAGAUGCUGCAAAGGCACCAGGAAAUGGUGAAGACCUCCAUAAUGCUGGAAAGAAAAGGGAUGUCUUCAGGCCUUCUCUGCAUGAUGCAGAAACUGGGCGUCGUGAUCGCUGGAGAGAUGAAGAAAGGGAAACAAACUCUGCAAUUCGCCGAGAUCGAUGGAGGGAGGGAGAUAAGGAACUUGGUGAUGCUCGCAGGAUCGACCGCUGGUCAGACAAUUCAUCUAGGCAUUCUGUGGAAGCACGUCGUCCCCCACCUGAGCGGUGGAAUGAUUCGGGCAAUAGGGAAGGCAAUUAUGAUCAACGUCGUGAGAGCAAAUGGAACACACGCUGGGGACCUGAUGAUAAGGAGUCAGAAAGUUGGCAUGAAAAGUGGUCAGAUUCUAGCAAAGAUGUUGAGGGAUCUCGUGACAAAGGAUUGCCUCUUCUUGCUAGUCAUGGAAAAGACAUAAACAAUCAUGUAAAAGAUACAGAGAGAGAGGAACAUUAUUCUCGUUCAUGGAGGUCUAACUAUUCCAUUAGUCGUGGAAGAGGAGAGCCUUCUCAUCAUCAAUCUCUGACAGCAAACAAACCAUCCUCUAUGUUUGGUUAUGGUAGAGGGAGAGUGGAAAAUGGGAUUCCAGUCUCCCCUUCUGGUCGUGGGAGGUUUAACUCUAGUAUGAGCACUCUAAGUAGUGGACCUUCACGUCCAUAUCAUUUAGUAACUAUUUCUGACAAGUCUGAUGGUGCAUCUGGAGAUUCCUUUUCUCUGAGAUAUAGUAGAAUGAAACUGCUUGACAUAUACAGGAUGACUGAAGUGAAAAACUUUAAAAUGUCUUUAGAUGGAUUUAUUGAAGUUCAGUCUCUCACACAGGAAGAACCAUUGGAGCCUCUGGCACUUUCUGCUCCUACUCCUGAAGAAUCAGUCAUUUUGAAAGGAAUUGAUAAAGGGGAUAUUAUAAGCAGUGGACUGCCCCAGGUCUCUAAAGAUGGUUCUGCUGGAAGGAAUUCUGUGGAUACUGUCCCAUCUAAACAAACUAAAUUAGAUUCAGCAAUUAAUAUUCCAAAGGCAGAUGAGGUGGGUGCCAAUAGAGAAGUGACCAGGAUGGAAAGCUCUUCAUUACAUCACGUUGUCCCCCACAUAUCUCAAUCAUUUGGAGACCAUACUCACAGAUCAAGUCACGAUUGGAAGGAUUUUUCUACUGAAGUUGGAUCAAUAACAUCUGAUUUGAGCAGUUCCCAUCUCCAUAAAGAUAUGGAAUCUGAGCAUAAGAAUAGUACUUCUGUUACCUCAUCUUUCUACAGGGAUGAAACUCACUGGGAAAACAUUGAGGUACUUGGUUAUAAUUCAGAAAGGAAAAGUGACUCCAAGAUUACCAGGCAGUUAUCUGGGGUCUUGGACCAAGAAAGUAAAGUAAAUGUUUUGCUUGGUCAAGAAGAUCCUUUCAGUUCUAGGGAUAUGUUACCUGCUAGAAAGUUGCAGCCACAUACUUCACCAGAAGAUCUAUCCCUCUAUUACAAAGAUCCGCAAGGUCAAAUUCAAGGUCCAUUUUCUGGAAGUGAUCUGAUUGGGUGGUUUGAGGCUGGAUAUUUUGGCAUUGACUUGCAGGUUCGGCUUGCAAGUGCUCCACCUGAUGCUCCUUUCUCAUUACUUGGAGAUGUUAUGCCACAUCUACGAGCAAAGGCAAGGCCUCCACCUGGGUUUGCUGUAGCCAAGCAGAGCCAUGUAACAGAGGCAUUUCCGAGGGAAAAAUUUGUCAGCCCUAGUAACAUCCAUGCAGGUUUGAAUGAGCUUGAGUUUCUUAAGAAUGAGCAAAGAAACAGGCAUGAUAGUGCAACUGAAGCACAGAGUCAGUUCUUAGAGUCACUCAUGUCUGGUAGCAUGAACAGUUCUCCAUUGGAAAAUUUUGCUUUCCCUGGAGGUAUGCAUGACCAUGGAAGGAAUACUUCUGGAAAUUUGUCCGCAGUGGGAGGAGAAAUUGGAAGUGAUGUGAAUUACCUCUUGGCCCAGAGAAGUUUGUUGGACAGGCAGAGGUCAUUAUCCAAUACUCUUCCAUAUUGGCCGGGGAGCGAUGUAUCAUCUGUGGUGCCAAAGUUGGACAUGACCUCAGACCCUUCCAAACCACCUUCAAAAUUGCUGCCUGCAAUGGGAGACAAUUCUCAUCAAAUUCUACAAUCCCCUCAGAAUGUGGACUUGUUGUCUAUCCUUCAUGCUGCAGCAGAUAAAUCUCCAUCACCGGCUGUUAAUUCUGGUGUACCUUCGUGGUCAAACUUUCCUGAUGCACGAUCUCUGGGUCAUAUCAUUCAUGGAGGCAUGGAGAUCUCCCAAGAUACGAUAGACAUGCACCAGGAUCAGCAUCUUCCUUCCCGGAUUGGGUUCGGACUUCAACAGCAGAUGUUGCAACCCCUAAAUCAGCCACCUUUGUCUCAUUUGUGCAGCCGACCUGGUGAUCAUUCUUCUGGGUUGAUUCCACCUGAUAAACUGCUUUCUUCUGAGUUGUCUCAAGAUCCACAGCUGCUAAAUUUACUGCAACAACAGUAUCUAUUGUCACAACUUCAGUUGCCUUCUCAGGCCCCUGUUCCCACUCAACUCGCUCUUCUGGACAACUUGUUACUGCUCAAACAGCAGCAGAAACAAGAGCAGCAGCAGCAGCUAUUGCUGCAGCAACAGCAACACCUGCUUUCCCAGGUCCUUUCUGGGCAUCAUUCUCAUCAACAUUUUGGUGAUGCUUCUUAUGGACGAGCACAUGAUCCUAUUCCAGCAGGCAAUGCUCCUAGUGAUCCUCUUGGGCAUCAAAGAUCACUUGAGGUGCUUCAAAGCAAUAAGCAGAUGCCGGUCCAUAAUUUGCGUGAUGGACAACCAUCCUAUCUUUCAAGUAUCAGUGUGCAAGGUACCCAGGAUGCCAGUUGCUUGGUGAGUUCUGGGUCUUCACCUCUGCACUUGCCUCAUCAGAUAUUUGACCACACAGCAAAUUCAAAGGCAUGGGAUGCUUCUCUUUCACGGGAGAAUGAGAAUAUUCCUAACUCUGAUUCUGCAGCAACACCAGUAACAGAUAGUUUGCCUUUAGCAGAGGCCACAGAGAAGAGUGAAAAAGUGGUUUUUGUGCUGCAGAAGAAUGACCAUGGCCUGGAUGAAAAUAGAACUGUACAUGAACCACCAUUAGUGUCUCAAACUACUGAUGCCAUGAUAUCAGCUAGUUCUGGAGUAGUGAGAAGUCUUGAAUCUUCGGAGAAUGGUCCAAAAUCAUCUGAUUUUGUGGUCUGUAUCUCUGAUCAAGUUAACGUUGUGAAUAUUUCUUCAGAAAAUGUUCCUGAAUGCCAUAUUGAAUCACCAUUAACAAAAGAAGCAAAAAAUGUAGAAAUACAGGAGGUAAAGAGAUCUUCAGAGAAAAAAUCAAAAAAGCAAAAGAAUUCAAAGGCACAAUCAUUUUCAGAAGUUGGGAAGGGAUCAUCAAAGACAAUUGCUUGCCAGAGGUCAAAUCUAGAUUCUGGAACUGAAGGUUCAAAUGCUGGUGGAACUGAAUCAAAGGGACAGGCAGAUGCAGCAGAAUCUCUUUGUGUGACUUCAUUGGGAACAGGAAGAGAAAAUUCUGUUGUAUCUACCAAUGAACCUUUGGAUUCUCAAAGAUCUCAGCGUUCAUCUUCGAAAAAUACUUUAGCCAAUGAAUUGGUGGAAGCUGAACAGGGAGAAGGAACAUUGACAUUCAAUACACAGACAACUUCAAGUCAUCGAGCUUGGAAACCUGCUUCAGGUCUCAAGGCGAAAUCAUUGUUAGAAAUUCAACAGGAGGAACAGCUAAGGGCACAAAGAGAAAUAAUAGCUUCUGAAGGUGCUGCAAAGGUCAUCCCUGCUAGCAGUCCAUUACAAACUCCCUGGACUGGGAUUGUUUCCAAUUUGGAGCGUAAAUCCAGUAAGGAUACUGUUCCAGCUGGUACCAAUCAUUCUGAUUUGGGGAACUCAGAAAAUACACUGAAUUCCAAGAGCCGGAAGAGCCAGUUGCAUGAUUUAUUGGCAGAAGAAGUUUUAGCCAACUCAAAUGAAAUAGAUAAAGAUCAUGUUAGUAAUAUUAAAGGGUCAUUCUUGCCUCCUUCACCAGUUGUUCAAUUUGACGCAUCAACUGUUGAUGAUGAUGAUUUUGUUGAGGCAAAGGACACUAAGAAAAGCCGUAAAAAGGCAUCCAAAGCCAAAGGUGCUGGGAUUAAGGCCCCAUCAUCAGUUGGUUCAGCUGAUCUUUCUGGUCCCUUAAUUCCUGCUGACAAGGGUAAAAGCACUCGACAAGUGCAGCAAGAGAGAGAGACAUUACCAACUCCACCCACUGGUCCAUCUUUAGGAGAUUUUGUUCUUUGGAAGGGGGAUCAAGCAAACACCACACCUGCUCCAGCAUGGCAUACAGAUUCUGGUAGAAUUCAGAAAUCCACAUCAUUAAGAGAGAUUCAGAGGGAACAGGAAAAGAUGUCGGUGUCUGUCCAGCAGCAAAUUCCAAUACCAACCCCUGCAAAAGUCCAAUCAAACCGCAGUAGUCGUGGAAGUGGAUCAUCUUGGCCAGUUCCUGGAUCAUCUCCUUCAAAGGCUGCAUCACCCAUUCAAACCACUUCACAUGUUUCCGCUCAAUCAAAAUCUGGAACUGAAGAUGAUCUAUUUUGGGGUCCUCUUGAACUAGCCAAACAGGAAACAAAGCAGUCAGAUUUCCCAUCCCUUAAUUCUAACAGUCGGGGAGUUAAAGGCACCUCUGUGAAAGGAGCACCUGGUGCAGCAUCAAGUCGUCAGAAGACAUCAAGUGGCAGAUCUGUGGAAUAUUCCCUUUCAUCAUCACCUGCUGCUGGUCUAUCACUUGCAAAAGGGAGGAGGGAUUCAGCAAGCAAGCAUUCAGAGGCCAUGGACUUCAGAGACUGGUGUGAGGGUGAGUGGGUCAGGCUAACCGGGACAGAUGAUACGAGUUUUUUGGAAUUUUGCAUAAAACAAUCAAUGUCUGAGGCUGAAAUGCUCCUGAGAGAAAACGUUGGUUCAUUGGAUCGCAACCAUGAGUUCAUUGAUAAGUUCCUCAAGUACAAAGAGUUCUUAUCAUCUGAUGUUAUUGAAAUGGCCUUCCAAGCUCGAAGAACCCACAGUAACACCAGUGGGGAUAGUCUGGGACAUGGUAAACUCGAAAGUUCAGACAUCAGGGACGAUGCAGAGACUGAAGCUGGAAAUGAAGGAGCAGCCAAAGGGGGAGGGAAGAAAAAGGGGAAGAAAGGGAAGAAGUUGAAUUCAUCAGUUUUAGGAUUUAACGUGGUUAGUACCCGAAUAAUGAUGGGCGAGAUUCAGAGCAUAGAGGAUUAGGAAGUUAGAGGGUGGGAGUGUAUAUACAUUGUCUUGAUAACCAUCUGUACAUGUUUUUAUCCCUUUGCUGGGUGGGGUUUUUCUUUUUUGCCCUCUUAAUCUCCUCUGUAGACCAGUAAUUGCACUAACGGUGAGUUAUCAGCUUAAGCGGUUUUGUGGGAAUAAUUAACAGCAGCCUUUUUCUCAUUUACAGAAAAGCCAAGGUGAAAGGCCGCCAUGGCAUUGUCCCCCUUUUUUUU